AUGUCCUCUACAGUCACUCAAUCGGUUGACACCUCGAUAAACAUUCAACCAGAGAAGGAGAGCGUGUUGAACUUCAAGAGAACUGAAACCCGGACAUCGUCAUUCCAUGAGGUUCCCAGUUUUACAGACAAACAAGCUGAACGAAAAUGGGCGAAACAGCAUAUGGCUGCCGCUUUUCGAACCUUUGCCAGGCUGGGCUGGGCCGAUGGUGCAUCCGGACAUAUCAGUCUUCGAGAUCCCGUCAACCCUCAUUGGUUUUGGAUUAAUCCUUAUGCUAAACACUUCGCCCUCAUGAAAGCUAGUGAUCUGGUCUUGGUUGAUCAUCAAGGCCACCCUGUGGAGCCAACAAAGCACAGAGUCAAUGCUGCUGGUUUUGUGAUCCAUUCCUCAAUCCACCAGGCAAGGCCAGAUAUCAAUGCAGCUUGCCAUAUGCACUCUCCUGCUGGUAGAGCAUGGUCUACGUUUGGACGCGGUCUUGAAAUGAUCAAUCAAGAUAAUUGCAUGUUCUAUAAAAACCUCGAGGUAUACAAAGGCUUCGGAGGUAUUGUCCUAGCAGAAGAAGAAGGAAAGAGGCUUGCUAGUGCUCUCGGCAAGGACUCGUUGAACUUGAUUCUUCAAAACCACGGUAUUUUGACUUGUGGUGGAACCGUUGACGAAGCAGCAGCAUAUUUCAUUGCACUUGAGCGAGCAUGCGCAAACCAGAUCAUGGCUGAAUCUGCUGCUGCUAACGGUGUGUCGAAGAAGUACGUCGGCACCCAGGAGGCCGAAUACACCUACAAAUGCACUGGUAACCCUCAGGUAUCAUACUGGCAGUUUCAGCCCGAAUACGAUUUGACCGUUGAAUUGUCUAAUGGUCAAGUCUUGGAAUAG